AAUGGUAGAAGUGCCCGGCGCCGGCCACGCGCCAACCUAAUAGUUUGUAUGACCGACAAAUAACCCGACACGCGCAGAUUAAAAAAAAAUCCGAUCGGCGCGCGCUCUGGAAUCCUAAAGAAAUGAAUCAAGAUGAACGGCACGUGUGAAACCAUAAUAAUGUAGCAAGGCAGUAACGCCCGCGGCGUGUUUUCCAUUCCCCGACUAGGUGAUGUCACCGUAAAUUUGGCUAAAAUAUCUGAAAAGGAAAGGAAGAGAAAAACACACAGAAAAGGAAGUCUUCGAAGAACUCCGAAAAAACAUCGGCGUGAGGAGGGGUGUCGCCGGGAAUGCCAACGAGAAAUAGAUUUUCCUUCACUUUAUAACUAAGGAAGGGAAUUUACGAACUCGCUGGAUGACAUUUUGAAUGGUUCUGUUUACUAGGAGAUAUAUUUUUGGAUGGAUGGAUUAAUGUGGAUAUCAGUGAAGUUAUUAUUCGCUUGUACCAGGUAGAAGUCAGGUGAACACCUGUGGAUGAGACUAUGUGGUCCUCAGCACUCUCCAUCCUGCUGUUUUAUCACAUCCUGUUUCAGACCACAGGAGGCAGCCGUACACCUGUGACAGGUGUCCGCUGUCCUCCCUUGCAGGUGGAAGACUGGGAUGUUCCCCAGGGGGCCAGGUCGAACAUCACAGGUUUUAAUCUGGUGCAGCGUUUGUCUCUGUGGGAGGCCCCUGAGGUGGAGAAGAUUUGGAACCCAAAAGGCUCGGUGGUCCUGAGGCUGGGCAGGGUCUCAGUCACCACAGCAACCAGACAGGUGUUUCCUGACGGUGUACCUGAGGAGUUUACGCUGGUCUUCACCUUGCGGGUGAGGAAGAGGUCUGUGCAGGACCAGGUGUCCCUGCUGCUGCUGACAGAUGAACAGGGAACUCCCCAGUUCUCUCUGGAUCUCAGUGGGGCGGGGCGUACCCUCUCCCUGCUCUGGACUCAGGGGGGCGGAGCUGGGCUCAGGGAGCAUUUGAUUGGCUGUGUGUUCAGCGGGGAGGGGUCAGGGUCGCUCUUUGACUCCCAUUGGCACAAGGUUGUGCUGAGCGUGCAGGAGGGUGUGGCCUCGCUGUAUGUGGACUGCGGCUCCAUAGAGACCAGGCCUCUGGGACCCAGGGCACGGCUGACCACACUGGGACACACUCACCUGGGCACCCACUCCACGGACAGGAGCCCUGCACAGCUGGAUGUUCAGCAGGUGAUGCUGUACUGUGACCCCUCCCUUGGUGAGCUGGAGGUGUGCUGUGAGAUCCCUGGAUCCUGGUGCCCCCCCAGUGCCGUUAAGAGUCGGCGAGACACAGACAGCAGCUUCUUCAGCAACCGGUUUGAUCUGGGGCUACAGUCCAAUGCCCAGGUUGAAGGGGGUAAUCUGGGAAACGCAGGACUUUCUGCCUUUAAAGGGGAGAAGGGAGAUCCGGGGCUGGGCUGUGCUGGAUCGAGAUUCCCAAGCUCAUGCUCAGAGGGACCCCGGGGAGAGACGGGCCAGAAGGGAGAGCCGGGGGAGGCAAACGUGGCGGGAGAGCUUCAUAACUGGGGCACCUGGGCCCUGAAACUUAAGGGGUCUAAAGGUGACAAAGGAGCCAGAGGUCUUCCUGGUGUCAAAGGGGUCCCAGGAAAAGCCGGUGCAGAAGGCUCAUUCUGUGUUGUCGGGCCCAAAGGCCUGAAGGGGUCCACAGGUGCGGUUGGGCGGGAGGGGAAACCAGGUUUACCUGGACGUCCUGGAAAACCUGGGAUCGGGAUACCAGGUCCCCCUGGGAAGCCUGGAGGACCCCCCGGAACCAAAGGGGCCAAGGGGGAUUCUGGGACUCCUGGCACAGAUGGUAACCCUGGAGACCCUGGACCCCAAGGCCCAGCUGGGGAUCAGGGUCUGAAGGGAGACCCCUGUGAGCCAUGUCCAGUGCUGGUUCCAGAUUUGGGGCCCAAAGGGGAGCGUGGGGCCCCGGGACUGGGAGAACAGGGCCCCCCGGGUCCUCAGGGUGUGAAUGGGACAUCAGGCCCUAAGGGAGAACCAGGGUCAGAUGGAUCCAAAGGUGAAAAGGGGGAGCCGUGCACAGAGCCAGAUGGGGUGAAGCCUAACCCUAUGCAGGAUGCCAGGAAGGGGCAGAAGGGAGAGACGGGAGAUCCAGGUGUGUGUGCGCCUAAAGGAGACAGAGGAGAGCCUGGGCCAGCAGGCCCGAAGGGGGUCGAAGGUCAGAAGGGUACUCCUGGUCCCAGGGGUGCGGGGGGCAGGUUGGGACCAAGGGGGCCGCGUGGUGAGAAUGGAACAGUGGGGCCCAAGGGUGACGUUGGGCAGCCAGGCCUGGAGGGGGCAGCAGGGAGCAGGGGGCAAAAGGGUGAUCCAUGUACUGGGCCUCCGGCUGAGUGGAAGCGUCAUGUGAUCACCAAGAUCCCAGGAACCCCUGGGGAGCCAGGCCCUGCAGGAACCCCUGGAAAGACCAUUAAAGGGUCACAGGGAGAUCCAGGUGUGUCAGGGCCUAAAGGAGACAGAGGUGAACCUGGCCUUCCAGGACCUGAGGGGCCCCCAGCUGCCCCAGGGCCCCCGGGACUGGGUGGAGUGCCAGGGGGCAGAGGACAGGCUGGCCAGAAGGGUCAGAAGGGGGACUCCUGUGGAAUCUGUCUAUCUAACCUCACGGGGGUUCCAGCUGCAGUGGGAUCUCAGGGGCUGAAGGGGGAGAUGGGGGAACCUGGCCUCCCCACUCCAGGCCCUCCUGGGGCACAUGGUGAGCCUGGUCCUCCUGGCAUUGCUGGCUCUCCAGGUGUAAAGGGCAAACAGGGUCCAGAAGGAGUUGCAGGCAUGGGGAUCCCUGGCCCUAAGGGAGAAGUCGGAACCAAAGGCCUUCCUGGUGAUAUGGGUCUCCCAGGGGAAAAUGGACUUCUUGGUGACCCUGGAGUCAAAGGACAGAAGGGUGAAGAGGGUGAGAUGGGACCUCAGGGGCCCCAACGGGUCAGAGUCACAGGACCAGCAGGGCCCCCUGGUGCACACGGCACUCCUGGACUGUCUGGUGUGCCAGGAAAGUCAGGCCAACCGGGACAAAAUGGGACCAAAGGUGACAAGGGUGAUCUGGGAGAGUGUAACUGUCAGCUCACAAACUUCAUCAACACAGGAGUACAAGGGCCCCCAGGACCCCCCGGCCCCCCCGGCCCUCCGGGGCCAGCAGGCUCUGAUGGUUCACCUGGAGGGCAGGGCGUCCCUGGUAAUGACGGGGCCCCUGGGCAGCCAGGUCUACCUGUUACUCCGACUCCUCUCCCACUCCUCCAGACCAACCUCAAGGUGGUUUGUGAGGACUGCACUCUGGGAGGUCCGGGUGUGCCGGGUGUGAGGGGUAUAAAAGGAGAGAAGGGAGAGCCUGCAGAGGAGGGGCUGCCUGACGACUGUGAGCGUUGCAUCCCGAGUCAUCCGAGUGAGGAAACGCCGUCGUUUGGGGGUUCGGGGUGCCAUGGGGUGCCAGGGAUUCCUGGUCCGCCAGGACCUCCCGGUCAGAAGGGGGAGCAGGGUCCGAAGGGACUCAGUGGCCCCAUUGGACAAGGGGGACCUCCAGGGUUCCAAGGCCCUCCUGGGAAACUGGGGCAGAAGGGGGAGAAAGGCCAGCCAGGAGAGCUGGGAAGGAAAGGACAACAGGGCUCUCCAGGGAAGCAGGGCUAUCCAGGAGCGCUGGGCCCCCCUGGGAUUUACGGUCUGAAGGGUGAAAUGGGGGAGACAGGUUAUGUGGGGAAGAGUGGAGAAGCAGGAGUAGCAGGACGUCCCGGACAGCCGGGACUCCCUGGCCCAACGGGACCAAAAGGUGCUGUGGGUGAUACAGGACUGCCUGGAGAGAAGGGGGAGCAGGGUUCCCAAGGACCACUGGGGCUCCCAGGACUAGAAGGACUUCCUGGAUUCACUGGCACGUCAGGCCGUCCGGGCCCCCCCGGCCCCCCUGGAGAAAAGGGCAGCCAGGGAGAAGCGGGCUCUGAGGGACCCCCUGGAACCCUCGGCCGGCCUGGGACCCCAGGACCCCCGGGGCCUCCAGGGAUUCCUGGCUCGGAUGGAAAGGAGGGGUCACCUGGAGUCAAGGGAGAUGCAGGUUUUGCUGGCCCUCCUGGACCCAGCGGCCUCCCAGGAACCAUGGGAAUUCCAGGGCCUUAUGGCCCCCCAGGGCCAAAGGGAUGUGUUGGUCCUCCAGGUCCAUUUGGAUUACCAGGCCUCCAAGGAAUGGAGGGUGACCUUGGAAUGCCCGGUGAAGAGGGAUCCCAGGGGCCCCCAGGAACCCCUGGAUCUCAAGGUCCAUCUGGUCCACCCGGUCCACCUGGACCACACGGCCCAGACGUUCAGGGAGAAGAGGGGGACAGAGGGGCAGCCGGGGAAAGAGGAGUACCAGGACUGGCAGGCUCUCCUGGGCCUACAGGACGUCCCGGUUCAGCAGGGGAGCCGGGCAAAGAUGGUUCUCCAGGCAAAGACGGGUCUCCAGGACACCCAGGAAUGAGGGGGCCCCCUGGUCAGAAGGGGGAGGCGGGGCCUGUAGGGCCGAGGGGUACCCCAGGGGAGCCAGGUGACCCCGGCCCGCCCAGCGGGGGGUACUCCUCGUGGAAGUCCUCUGGUGGGGGUCUGAGGGGCCUCAUGGGCCCCCACGGGGAGCCUGGAGAGGAGGGGGACCCCGGCCCCCCAGGGUCCACCGGCACCCCCGGAACACCAGGGUUACCUGGGAUACAGGCUCCAGUGAACUAUGAUGAAAUUGAGAGCUUAAUUCGCCAGCAGGUCAAUAGGAUCUUUGAUGAGCGGCUGGUCUCCUUCCUGUCCCACAGACAGGCGCCGCCGGGCGUGGUCUCCCCCCGUGGCCCUCCGGGGCCCCCUGGGCAGGACGGAGUACCUGGGGAACAGGGCUGUGCCGGCCAGCCCGGCCUACCUGGACAACCUGGCCAGCACGGGCCCGGGGGACCUCCAGGUGCGGUGGGGGUGAAAGGGCAGAAGGGGCCGGUGGGGGACGCAGAGGUGGGGCGCAGGGGCAGGUCUGGAGCUCCAGGCGUUCCCGGGCCCCCAGGCUAUGGGACAGUAGGCCCCCCAGGACCGGUGGGACAGCAGGGCGUGCCGGGCCCCCCAGGGCCCCCGGGCCCCCCCGGACAGGCCGGGGAACGAGGCCGGUGUGACCCCUCCGGCUGCCGAAACAUACGGCCCGUUCAGUUCAUCCCUAAGGGCCCUCUGUGGAGGGGAUGAGUACAGAGGAGAGGGGG